UGUAACCAUCUGUAUUCUCUCUACCUUUUUAAAACCAAUUAAUGGGGUACAGAAUUCGGGAGUUGAAGGAAAUCUUAGUGAUUAUCAUGUUCCUUUUACAUAUAGGAAAAUUUUGAUCUUGAAUGGUAAUUUGUGUCAUGAUCCCAAGGAAUGUGAUCAGUACUAUGUUUCCCAAUUUAAUACUCUUUUUUUUCUGGAUUAAGAUCAGAAUAAACACCCCAACUUGUGUAUCAGGCCUUGUGGCAGCCUCCCUGUGUAAAAGAUACUGGCAAAUGCCACCUGUUACAGAAUCUGAAAAUGGAAAAGUCUGGGUGCUUGUCUUUUUUCAAGUUGUAACUCACUUUGAGCUCUUAAGCAAACUAUCCAAGCCUUCAUAGUUUUGUACAACAACUCAAUAGUUAUACUCCUUAUGUAAUACACUCGUCUGAUAUCAUUAUAGAAGAAACAGAAGAGAGGACUCAGUGGUAAGUGGGAUGAUGGGAAAAAGGGGAAAUAGACUGUGAUUUGGGUGCAGUUUCAUGGAAGCAAGCUUUAUUUCAAUGAAAUAGAACUAAGCUGUAAGAGAAAAGCCUCACUGAUGGAAGAUCUACUGGGCUCAGCUGAUGAGUUAUUUGCCAAAGUAAACCCAGGAAUGCAGAAUCGAUUCAGCAUGCAUUUGUGAAUCAGGGAUUGGAUUACAGGUUGAAACAAGAGAAACCCCUCCUUUUUGUUUUUAAUCUGAGAAGAAAUUACAUGGCUCUGAAUUCUGAGAAUGAGAAGAAUAAUGAGUGUCCACCUUGUAGAAACUUAAUAGUUUAACAAAAUGCGAGUGAAACAGAUAUCAAAGCUGUUCUCAUAGCUUAUAGCAAAGACGUAAUUGUUAAACCUAGAGAGAUUGAAUUUUGGAUGAGGCUAAAGUGAAAUGCACUGGUACAUUCUUUUUUUAACAAUUGCUAGUAGCUUUCAUAUGCUAGGACUCCCAUUCCCAGUCUAGAGAAUUUGGGAGAUGGCAAUUUUUUAUUUUUCUGAGUCUACUUGGAGAAUUGAGAAAAUUAAUAGCUAAAUGAGAAAUAGCUCUGGAAAGUAAUUGAGUUCCAGCUUGAGGUUUUUGCCCAUAGUAGUCUAGCUCCAAAAAAGAAACUAAGGUUAACGGGCAUAUUCUUGAUGAUAGAUGAAUUUAGCUGUAUAACCCUGCAAAUAUGAUUAUUAAAGAGCCAAAGACUCUGGUUUGGUCUUUCUUUUCCAAGAUGAUUUGAAUUUUCUAGAAUUCUGUUCCUUCAAGAUGCAAAACUUAGCCUGCAUCUGUGAGAUACUUUUUAGGCAGUAUCUAUAUUUCAGCUAUUGCAUACUUAGCAAAUCUUGGUUUAAUCUGCUGGAAGUUAUUAGUGUACUAGGCUUGGUCCAUUAUGUCCCAAACAAUGACUUUAGCUUUGAGUAGACUUGGGAAUGACUGUGGACUUAGCAUUUCUGCUUCCAAGUUGAUCAAAGAGGCACAAAAUUGCUUUGACUCAGUAUUUCAUUUUUCCCCCAAAGUAUGAUGUCAUCAAUAGGCAUAAAUCCUAAGAUUCAGGAAUCCCAAUGAAUCCCAGGAUACAUGAAAGGAAAUAGAUACCUGGAGGCCUGAUGUUGAAACAGACAAUGCCAGAGAAUGCCAGAGAAAAAUAAAAUCCUGAAAGGAGUUAGUGGGAAAAAGCAGAUUUAUAAAGGAAUGUAAUUAAGCUGACUUCUCAACAGUAAAAUGGAAACUAGACAGCAGUGAAAUAUCUUCAAAAAGCUGAGAGAAAAUAUCUGCCAACUUAGAAUUGUAUCUCUAGCGAAAAUGUCUUUUAAAAAAAUAAAGUCACAAUAGGUAUUUAAGACAAAUGUUAAGCAUUUAUUAAGUAUUUAAGUAAUUAGUACUUAAGUAUCUAAGUAUUAAUAAGUAUUAAUAUAAUGCUAACUAUUUAAGUAAGUAUUUAAGACAAAUACUAAGAAUGUUCACUGCCCAUAGACCCUCUAUAAGCACCAGAAUUGUAAAUGACAUUCUUCAGUAAGAAACACAAUGAUUUCAUACAGAAGAGCUGAGAUGGAAGAAGGAAUAUUGAACAAAACCAGCAACGUUUUAGAAAAUGCAAAUAAAUAUAGAUUAGAAGACAAUAAUGUUUAUAUAUACCUCCCACCCCCCACCGCCAUAUAUACACACAAUCUAUAAAUAUGUCAAUUCUAGUCAACAAUCACAUAGGAUAGUGUAGUGAUCAGAUCCCACAUGUUCUUGUUCUAGAGGUGGGUAAAGAUGUUGAAUAACUUUCGGCUUUAAGCUAGAUGUACAAAAAAAAAAAAAAAAAAACAAGCUAGAUGUACAUAUUUCCAGGGUAGCUGCUAAAAGAACAGAUAGAAGAAAUCAAAAUAAAAGAAAUAGAAUACAGAACUUCCAAUUUGGAAAAGAAAAAUAAUGUUAUUUAAUCCAAAGGAGACAAAAUAAAUGGGGCAAAUAGAAAGCACAGAAUAAUGUAGUUGAGAUAAAUCUGACUAAAACCAUAAUCUCAAUUGAGACCGAGCCCUCUAGUUAAAUCACAUAGAUGGUCAUACAAUUUAAAAGACAAAAACAGCAUAAGGACAUAGAAAGGUUAAAAGUAAAUGGAUGGAAAAAAGAUUUACCAGAUGAAUAAUGACCAAAAUGUUGAUAUUUGCUAUGUAAAUAUUUUAUGUUAAUAAAUACAUGUAGUUAAUAAAACCUUAAGGCAAAAAAAGCCUUGGCAUUGAUAAAGGGGGUUAUUACUUAUUAAAAAACCUUUUAAUUACAAGCGAGAAGUAAGAAAGUUGGGCAAGUACCCAGUCUUAGAGUCUUCCAGGGCAGUGCUUCUCCAACCUGAGCUUGCAGUAGGACCACUUACAGAGCUGGUUUAAAUAACAGGCUUCUGGCCCCACUUCCAGAGAUAUGGGUUCAGUGCGUCCAGGCUAAGGUUCAAGAACUUGCAUUUCUAAGACGUUUCCUGGACAAUGCUGAUGCUGCUUGUUCAGAGAACACAUCUGGUAUAGUGAGUACUGAACAUGGGGGCAGUGAGAGAAAGUGUGAUGUCAAGAAUGACUUGGGAAACUCAUUGGUGAUGAUACCAUUCGCUGAGAAUAGAAAACAAAGGCAGGCGGAUGUUUUGCUUCAUUGUGAAUAUGAAGAGUGUGAAGUCUUGCAAGUCAUUUAGGUAGAGACAUCUAAUAGCCAGUUGUGUAUGGAAAUGUAGAGCUCAGUGAAUUGGUCUGGGAUUCCAACAUCAUAUGGGUGCUACCUGAAGUGAUGGGGGUAGAUAAUUCACCCAGAGAGAGUGCGAAAUGUGAGAUGGUAAGAAAGCCUAAGACAAAACUAAGGGAAACCAGCAUUCCAGAAGCAGAAUGGAACCUGAGAAUGCCAAUGAAACCCUAAAAGUAUAAUGGAAGAUAAAAGAGAGUUUGAAGAACAUAAGGGACUUGGAUUCAAGAUGGCAAACCAUGUUUAUCUCCUCUCCCUCUAGAUGUUUUAUUAAAAUUAUAUUCAUAACAACUUUAUAGGCAAAUAAUUAUAAGAAUAAGCAUGAACCAAAGAAAAUAGUCUAUUUCUGAAAGUAGAAAAGUGGAUAUAAGAGUGGUGACUGAUCUGCUUAUCCACUGGAUGAAUUUUUAUUGAGCUGCUGAGGUAGAGAUACAGAUUGAGUAAAAAGGGGUGGGGGCUUUUCUUAAGGAAAUCAGUGGGAAUUUAACAAUUUUCUAAUUUUAUAUGUUGCAGAUACUUUCCUCUGUGUUCCUCUUUUAACUGAAAUUAAAAAAAUCAAAAAUUUAAAAAUUUUGGCAAUUGUUAAACAAUUUUUUUGAGUUAAGCUUCCUUUUUAAUUGAAGAUGAUUUAAUCUAUGUAGAAACUUUGGUAACAGUAUUUCAAAAGGAAAAGAAGAAUGCACAUUUUAACAGUUAAUUUUCCUGUGUUCUUAUUAAAUAUGUAACUUGUACUGUUCCAGCUAAAAUGUCAAUGCUAUUUUUGAAACACAACACAUUUGCUUUCUUUUCUUAAAAAGAACUGCUAAGCAUAAGAGUCAAUUUUUGCUUUGUGGUAUUUUUGUAUAUAUAUUUUCUUACUUUAAGAUAGAAAAUAAGAUAAUAAGCAAACAAAUAGGGAAAACAUUAGAAUCCAAGAGAAACAUUGGUAUCACGGAGAGAGCUUUUACUGAUACAGGCUCCAACCUUGGAAAAUGGAAUUUUAUUAGCAUGGCUUGAUGUCUGGGUCCUAGCCCCAGUAUUUUUAAAAAGUUCCCUGAUAACUCUCAUGUAUAGCCAGUUGAGAACCACUGGUUUAGAGAUAGACUUAUCUAGAAACAGAUUAAUGACCAGGAGCUUUGCAAAACCUACAUGUGGGGACUCCAACACAGAGCCAUGGAAUUAGAAUCUCUAUGUAUAAUUUUUGAAAUACGCACAGGCGAUGUACAGUUAGAGUUGAGAACCAUGUUCAUAAACUCCAAUUCCUUAUGAAGCUAAACUUUUAUAUUAAUAGUGACUUAAAGUUCUAUUUAUUUUUAUCUUUUACACUUUUUUUUACCUUUGAGAUAUAUUAUUUCAAUUUCUACCUUUUUUCCUAGUUUUAUUUCACACACACACACACACACACACACACACACACGUGUGCACAUUUUCCCUUUGUUUUAUUGAGUUACAUGAGUUUUCAUAUUGCCUCAAAUCCUUUUUGGAAUACGUUUGGAUAUAAACAGAGAGAAAAAACUAUGAAUAUUUUGUUUUUAUAUCUAGAACAUGAUUUCUCAGCCUCAGUACUAAGGACAUUUUGGAGCACCGGGAGAAUUCUUUGUUGUGGGGCCCUCCUGUGCAUUGCUGGAUAUUUAGCAGCAUUCCUGGCCUUUCCCCACUAGAUGCCAGUAGUGUGUUCCUGGUUGUGACAACCAAAAAUCUCUUAUCAUUGUCGGAUGUCCUUUGGGAGACAAAAUCGCCCCAGGGAGAUGUGUGUUUGGAAUGUCACGAACGGACAGCGUGUGGAGAAGGCCACGCUUCCUUACAGGCACACUGCAAUCUGUUAUUACCACUGCUCCUUCCGGAUGACAGGGGAAGGCUGGCUUUUGUGUUGUGGAGAAUAUCAAGAUGUUCUUAUCAUCGAUGCUAAAAGUUUGGCUGUUAUUCACACUUUUAUAUCAUCUCAGUCUCCUGAUUGGAUCAACUGCCUGUGCAUUGUACACUCCAUGAGAAUUCAAGAAGAUUCUCUCUUGGUGGUAUCAGUAGCUGGUGAGCUCAAAGUAUGGGAUCUCUCUUCAUCUAUCAACAGCAUUCAGGAAAAACAAGAUGUCUACGAGAAGGAAUCCAAAUUUCUCGACUCCCUGAACUGCCGGGCAAUACGAUUUUGCACAUAUACGGAGAGACUUUUAUUGGUGGUAUUUUCUAAAUGUUGGAAGGUUUAUGACUAUUGUGAUUUUUCCCUUCUGCGGACCGAAGUUAGCAGAAGUGGGCAGUUUUUUGCUGGGGGAGAGGUGCUUGCUGCUCACAGAAUCAUCAUCUGGACAGAAGAUGGUCACAGUUUUAUCUAUCAGCUGCUGAACAGGUGGGCUCAGAUGGGAGCGGCAUACAAAACAUUCAGUGGGCUUUCAAAAAGCAUAUACCCUGCUGAUGGAAGAGUGCUUAAAGAGACCAUUUAUCCUCAUUUACUGUGCUCUACUUCUGUGCAGGAAAAUAAGGGCCUUUCCUUUGUUAUGGGCUACAUGAAUGAAAGGAAAGAGCCUUUUUAUAAGAUACUAUUCUCUGGAGAAGUCUCAGGAAGAAUUACUUUGUGGCACAUUCCUGAUGUUCCUGUAUCCAAGUUUGAUGGCUCUCCUAGAGAAAUACCAAUAACUGCCACCUGGACCCUUCAAGAUAAUUUUGAUAAGCAUCAUACCAUGAGUAUUAUCGACCAUGUCCCUGGGGCUGGAACGGUGGUAGUCACUUCAUCAGAGUAUGUUUCAAGUCUUGAUAAACUAAUAUGUGGCUGUGAAGAUGGGACCAUUUUGAUUACACAGGCUUUGAAUGCUGCCAAAGCAGGACUUCUAGAAGGCGGUUCUUUAUUAAAAGAUUCCCUUCCUCAUAAAGUUCUCAAAGGCCAUCACCAAAGCGUUACGUCAUUACUUUACCCACAUGGUCUCUCUUCAAAAUUAGACCAAAGUUGGCUUCUAUCUGGGGACCAGGACUCAUGUGUCAUCUUGUGGAAUAUCUUCACUGAAGAAGUUUUGCAUAAAUUCUUUUUGGAGGCUGGUCCAGUAACAAGUCUUUUGAUGUCACCAGAGAACUUCAGACUAAGAAGUGAUCAGGUAAUUUGCUGUGUGUGCAGUGACCAUUCCGUGGCUCUCCUUCACCUUGAGGGGAAGAGGUGCCUCCUGCAUGCCCGGAAGCACCUUUUCCCUGUGAGGAUGAUAAAAUGGCACCCAGUUGAGAAUUUUUUAAUUGUUGGAUGUGCUGACGACUCCGCUUACAUCUGGGAAAUUGAAACAGGCACUUUGGAAAGACAUGAAACAGGAGAAAGAGCAAGAAUAAUUCUCAAUUGUUGUGAUGACUCACAGCCUCUAAAGCCUGAAUUUGCACUUCCAGUUACCUCAGAGACACAUAAGCACAAAAGUGUAGAACAGAGACCCUCCAGCUCCUGUCAAUUUGGGCCAAUACCUUGCCCUGGUCUGCAGGUGGAGUCUUCAUGGAAGGUUGCUGAUGUCAAGCCUUUCUCAGGACCUUUUAAUGUCUUGCCUGUGAAGACAAGAUGGAGUGACAUUGGCUUUCAUAUCCUUCUAUUUGAUCUGGAAAACCUUGUUGAACUUUUGCUGCCAACUCCAGUCUGUGACGUUGACCCUUCCAAUUCAUUCUAUGGUAGUGAGAUCCUGAGAAGAGCCAAAAGCACAGUUGAGAAGAAAACACUGACUCUGAAAAGAAAUAAAACUGCCUCUGGUUCUCUCUCAGCAGAGGCACAAGCCAAGCCUGUCAGUGAGAACCAGGCCCAGGGAGAGAAUACUGCCAAAUCCUUAGGAGAUAAUGAAGGCAUUAAAAGGCAGAAGAAAAUAAAGAACUCCAAAAAGAUGCACCCCAAGCCAUCAAGAAAAGUGGAUGCCAACGUCACGAUAGACACAGCUAAAUUGUUCCUCUCUUGCUUUUUGCCGUGGGGAGUAGAUAAAGAAUUUGAUAAUCUGUGCAUUAAGCAUCUAGAUAUUUUAAAGCUUCAGGGUUCUGUUUCUUUAGGACUUGCCUCAAAUGAGGAUCACUUCUCAUUGAUGCUGCCGGGUUGGGAUUUAUGCAAUGCCGAAAUGAAAAAAGACUAUUCAAAAGUAAAUUUAUUUUCCAAAAAAGUUUUGGACUUGUCAAAUAAAUACACGUCCACUCUUCCAAACCAAGUUGGGAUGCCAAGAGGACUGGAAAAUAAUUGUGAUUCUUCGCAAGAGUCAAACACCCUAAACACUAUAGUUUAUUUAUUGAACAGACUAUUUGCAGUUAAUAAGUUAGUUAACACACCUUUAGAGUUGGCAUGUGGAAUUGACAGGUCUUUCAAAAUGGAAUCUGUGCACAACAAGGCAAGAAUUCCCGGGAAUGAGAUUUCGAAUAUUUCAAGCUUCUAUGGUUACUUACGAAAUGGUAAAAGUGAAUCCCAUAUACCUGAAGCUGACAUUUCACUUUUGAAGCUAAUUUCCUGUUGGAGAGACCAGUCUGUGCAGGUAACUGAAGCAAUACAAGCUGUUCUCUUGGCAGAAGUUCAACAGCACAUGAAGACCUUGAGUAAGAGAGCAGGCAACAGUCAACCAGUGUCCAUGACAGAGGAUGUUCACUGUGAGAUGAGACAGAUUCUGCAGGAGACGGAAUGGACCCGGGAGGAGGUAGAGUUACACUGUACUACAGACACCUUGCCUCUGCAAACUCCAGUCAGUCCGGUCAAGCAUGACAGCGACUCAAACUCGGCAAAGUUCCAAGACACUGAGGACAUGCCUGACAGAUGUGUCUUGGAAGAGUCUGAGAGUCCAGGUAAGCCAAGGCAUCAUUCAUGGAUAGCAAAGGUGUGCUCCUGUAAACUGUGCUAAAUGGAAUCUUAUCUAUAGGAAUUGGAUUUGGACAAACUAUGAAACCCAAACAUGCCAUUUGUUUAUUGUUGUAUUAAAAACUAUGCUGUUAUUGGUCAUUAUUAGAUUGUAAGUAGAUUUGCUAAUGCCUUAGAAAGAGUGUAUUGAAAAUGUAAUUACUGAUUAAAAAUAUCCAAAUUGAUCUAA